AUUCUACGCUGAAACAUCUCUAUUUAUUUACUGUUGUUUGUUCUUCACUACUCACCACCACCAUACCUUUCAGAUUCCUCAGAUUUGCUUGCAACUUGCAAUAUUUACAGAACUCCCUCAUCCAGAAAAUUAUAUGCCUCAUAAAAUCAUACUCUAUUUAGCAGCUGAAUCAAAAUUUCAUCCAUUUGUGUCGCAAAAUACACACUUCCCAUGGAACCCAGCUGGCCCAUUCAGCUGAAACAGUGUCGGUUUGUUGUUGGAUUAUUUAUGUCGUUCUGAUUGGUUGGUAUUAAGGGCUGAUUGUUAUUUUUAUUAGCAGGUUUUGUUCUUGGAUUUUUUAAUUGAAUUUGUACUGGAAAAAAGUGAGUUUGUUCGUAUGAGUUGUGAUUGAGCUAGGGUUUUGAGUGAUGGUGGUGACAGGAAAUGAUCCGUUGGAAUCGUUUUUGAAAUCGAUUCAGGUGGUGAGAAAUGCAUUUUCUCCCAUAGAAUUGAAUUUUCAGAAGGCGGCGAAGAAUUUUGAGCAUUGUUUCAAUGGAUCCUCGAAAAAUGACAACUUGAAUUGCAGGGUGAAUGAUGAUGCUAGUAAUGAGCAAGUGGCGGCUCAAUUGAAAUCGAAGAUGAGUGGUCAACAGGCUGUCGCCAGUGGUCGUGAUCGGAAAAAACCGAAAGUUCUUCCUGUAAAAUUUGUUGUUGGUAUAUUUACCGAAAAAGGGGAAAAUGAUAUUCAUAGAAACUUGCAUGCUAGACGUGAUGGGACAGAGAGUACGUGUGUUAAUUUGCUGAAGAAAGGGAUGAAACAGAGGUCUGAGAAUGAUUGUGCGAAACAGAAUAAGAACUCUUAUGGGAAUUGCUUGCUUUUUGACAUGGCACUAUCACAUUUGAUCAAUGGUUUUUUACAGGCCUUCCCAAGACCAUUCAAGUCCGAGAAAAAGGGGUUGCAGAAGAUGACUGACAAGGAAAAUCUUGGUAGUAAAGGCUCACAUUUUAGUAUACAACCAAAAUUGGUGAGGGUUGGUGAAAGUAUACAGGAGGUGAAGGCUAGAGAAGGCAAAGACUUGUCUUUUGAGUAUGUCAUAGGGUUUGUGGUUGAUCAAAUUAACCAUUUGCCGAAAUUUGAUGUGGGUUUUCAAGAAAAUGAGUGUAACAAUGCUGAAUGUAAACCAUUUAAUCAAUUUGACCAUUUCAAAGCACUUGUCAGUAUUUUGGAAGGAAAAAGAGCAGAUGUGAAUGGAUUCCUUGGUAAUUUGAAGUUUGCACGUGUGGGAGGAGUACCAUCGAGUGUUGUUGAAGUGCCAUCUGUGAAAGAUGAGGGAGCUAAUGAUACUGUUAAUCAGGAAGAAAGUGGCGGAGGCAAUUCCUCUAAAAAAAUGGCCAAUGGAUUGCUUAGUAUUCCAUUGUCCAAUGUCGAGCGUUUGAGGUCUACCCUUUCAACUGUCUCAUUGGCUGAAUUGAUUGAGCUUUUACCACAGAUUGGGAGAUCUUCAAAAGAAGAACAUCCUGACAAGAAGAAACUGUUUUCUGUACAGGACUUCUUUAGAUAUACAGAAGCUGAAGGAAGGAGAUUUUUUCUCGAGCUGGACAGAGAUGGUGAUGGACAAGUCACUCUGGAGGAUCUAGAAGUUGCCAUGAGAAGGAGGAAACUUCCUAAAAGAUAUGCUCAUGAAUUUAUGCGGCGUACAAGGAGUCAUUUGUUUUCGAAGUCUUUUGGCUGGAAACAGUUCUUGUCCUUGAUGGAACAGAAAGAACCAACAAUCCUUCGAGCAUAUACGAGCCUCUGUCUGAGCAAGUCUGGGACACUACAGAAGAGUGAAAUCUUGGCAUCCCUGAAAAAUGCUGGCCUUCCUGCUAAUGAAGAUAAUGCUGUUGCAAUGAUGCGUUUUCUGAAUGCCGAUGCGGAGGAAUCUAUAUCAUAUGGGCAUUUCCGGAAUUUCAUGUUAUUGCUCCCUUCAGACAGACUUCAAGAAGAUCCAAGAAGUAUCUGGUUUGAAGCUGCGACUGUGGUUGCUGUUCCCCCACCUGUGGGAAUACCGACUGGCAGUGUUCUAAAAUCAGCAUUGGUUGGUGGUCUUUCUUGUGCAUUGUCUACAUCCUUAUUGCAUCCUGUUGACACUGUUAAGUUCUUGAGCAGCGUGACUAUGCUUCUUCAGAAACUUUUUGACAGAGUUGUGAUUAUUAUUCAAAAGCAAAUUCAGGGUUUGACACAAGCCAAAAUGAGGAGGCAUUAUACCAUUUUGGAGAACAAAAUUAAUACUAUGGGCAGUUUUACAAGGCUACAAGCUUCAACCCUCACCUUUCCAGAGAUCAUAUCCAAGCUUCGUCAACUUGGAGUUCGUGGAUUCUAUAGAGGGUCAAUUCCAGCUAUACUAGGGCAAUUCUCAAGUCAUGGUCUCCGAACUGGAAUUUUUGAAGCAAGCAAACUGGUGUUGGUCAAUGUGGCCCCCGGUCUUCCAGAAUUACAGGUUCAAUCAGUGGCUUCAUUCUGCAGCACAUUUCUUGGGACGGCAGUCCGUAUCCCGUGCGAGGUGUUGAAGCAAAGAUUGCAGGCUGGUUUAUUUGACAAUGUUGGUGAAGCCAUUGUCGGGACUUGGCAGCAAGAUGGCCUUCGGGGCUUUUUCCGUGGGACCGGUGCCACCCUUUGCCGUGAAGUCCCAUUCUAUGUAGCUGGUAUGGGCCUCUAUGCUGAAUCUAAGAAGGCUACCCAGCAGCUUCUGGGACGUGAGCUAGAGCCUUGGGAGACUAUUGCUGUGGGGGCUUUAUCAGGCGGGCUAGCGGCCGUGUUAACAACUCCGUUUGAUGUAAUAAAGACGAGGACUAUGACGGCCCCACAAGGUCGCCCGGUGACUUUGUCAAUUGUGGCCUUCUCCAUUUUACGUCACGAGGGACCUCUUGGGUUAUUUAAAGGAGCCUUGCCUCGUUUUUUCUGGAUAGCGCCACUUGGCGCCAUGAAUUUCGCAGGCUAUGAGCUUGCAAGGAAGGCUAUGGACAAAAACGAGGACAAUAAUAAUGGCAGCGAAGCCCUUGUGCAGAAAUAGAUUUGGCGCGCAGCCUUCCUUAUUUUCUCUGAGCUGACGCCAUUUUAAGGAGAGAAAUUUUGUGGCUUCUUAGUUCUCUUUUAGAAGAUACAAUAGUUGUUCAUUUUUAGAAUCUAUUCGUCGAAAGUUCCGGUACUGUGGCUUGUUGAUUUUGAAGUGUCUCUUCGAAACGGAUUUGAUGCUGGAAAGCUUGUGCAUGGAAUUUUAUUUUAUUUUAUUUUUAACACAAGUUUGUUGGUGUUUUCGUCAUUCUUGUAUCACGAUUUCAUGAUGCCAUCUGUAACUUUCAGUAAUGAGUAAUCCCUCUACUAUAAAAAUUUCCCUUGUAAUUUAAAAUAGUAGAAUUACAAUUUAAUGGUCAAAUCUUCAGUAAUCUAGUAUUAUUAAGUUUUUAUAUAAAUAUAUAUGUUGUUUUCUUUC